AUGCUGGAACAGAGACCUUUAUUCUUUGGAAAAGAGCCCAUUGAUCAAGUUUCAGUCAUCAUUGAACUUCUCGGCACUCCGCCAGAUUACUUGAACCUAGCCCUCCGUAGUGAAGAUACGUCUCGGUUUGUUGAAUCUCUCCCUCGCCGGGAACGCCAACCUUUAGCCACCAAGUUUAGAACUGCUGGCUCAGACGCGGUGUCCCUUCUUGAAUCGAUGCUUGUUUUUGAUCCCAAAAAGAGAAUCUGUGCAAAAGAAGCUCUGUCUCACCCGUACCUUCAGCCAUAUCAUGACCCUACCGAUGAGCCCGAGACAGAGAAACUCUGCGAAUUAUCUGAUCACAUCGAACUGCCUACGGAUAUCUGGAAGAUUAUGAUGUACGGCAAGGAGACACUGUCCACCCUAUCUUUAUUGAGCAGCACUCCCGGUUUGAGUACUGACGAUUCGCACACAGUUAUUCGGAAAUCAUCAACUUCCACGAGCUCCGAUCAGUUCAUAUGA